GUCAAGCGAGUCAAAGGUUCGCAACUUGUAACGCUCUUUUACCCUCUCGAUUCCUUCUCUCUUCUUAUCUUCGCUGCUUCUUUUGCUCCGCCGUCUUCAGCUCUCCGGCGAAUUUGAAGAAGAAGGUUGAAAAUGGCUGGUCCCAGUGAAAAGAAAGAAAAGGUUAAAAAAGAAAAGGUUGUGAAAGAAAAGGUUGCAAAGGCUUCUUCUAGUGGACAGAAGAAGAAGGACGUCAAGAAGGAAACGGGUCUUGGACUCAGCGUUAAGAAAGAUGAGAAUUUCGGGGAUUGGUAUUCUGAGGUUUGUAAACAAGAUAUGAUUGAGUACUAUGAUAUCUCUGGAUGUUAUAUUCUUAGGCCAUGGUCCAUGGCCAUUUGGGAGAUUAUGCAAAUUUUCUUUGAUGCGGAAAUCAAGAAAAUGAAGGUCAAGAAUUGCUAUUUCCCUCUGUUUGUAUCUCCUGCUGUCUUAGAGAAGGAGAAGGACCACAUUGAGGGAUUCGCCCCAGAGGUUGCUUGGGUUACAAAGUCAGGUAAAUCUGACUUGGAAAUCCCAAUUGCUAUUCGUCCAACCAGUGAGACUGUGAUGUACCCUUACUACAGCAAGUGGAUAAGGGGGCACCGUGACUUGCCUUUGAAGCUUAACCAGUGGUGCAAUGUUGUUAGAUGGGAGUUCAGCAACCCUACCCCAUUUAUCCGGAGCCGUGAGUUCCUUUGGCAGGAAGGUCACACUGCAUUCGCCACGAAAGCAGAAGCAGAUGAAGAGGUCCUUCAAAUUUUGGAGCUUUACCGUCGCAUAUAUGAAGAAUAUCUUGCAGUUCCAGUUGUGAAAGGUAUGAAGAGUGAAAAUGAGAAGUUUGCUGGGGGACUUUACACUACAAGUGUAGAGGCCUUCAUUCCAAACACUGGUCGUGGUGUACAAGGUGCAACCUCUCACUGUUUGGGUCAAAACUUUGCGAAGAUGUUUGAGAUCAACUAUGAGAAUGAGAAAGCAGAGACAGCAAUGGUGUGGCAGAAUUCUUGGGCCUACAGUACCAGGACGAUUGGAGUGAUGAUUAUGACUCAUGGAGAUGACAAAGGCCUGGUACUCCCUCCUAAAGUCGCAUCUGUGCAAGUUGUUGUGAUCCCCGUGCCCUACAAAGAUGCUAAUACCCAAGGAAUUUAUGAUGCUUGUACUGCUACUGCAUCUGCCUUGUGUGAAGCCGGUAUCCGUGCUGAAGAAGAUUUAAGGGACAACUACUCUCCUGGAUGGAAGUAUUCAGACUGGGAAAUGAAGGGUGUUCCAUUGAGGAUUGAGAUUGGUCCCAGAGACCUGGAAAAUGAUCAGGUCAGAACUGUGAGACGUGACAACGGAGUUAAGGAAGAUAUCCCAAGAGGUAGCUUAGUCGAAAAUGUUAAGGAACUGCUUGAGAAGAUCCAGCAAAACAUGUAUGAAGUUGCGAAGCAAAAGAGGGAAGCAUGUGUUCAAGAGGUAAAGACUUGGGAUGAGUUUAUCAAAGCACUUAACGAAAAGAAACUCAUCUUAGCUCCCUGGUGUGACGAAGAGGAAGUGGAGAGAGAUGUUAAGGCACGUACUAAAGGUGAAACUGGAGCAGCUAAAACCCUUUGUUCUCCAUUUGAUCAGCCAGAACUCCCUGAAGGCACUCUCUGCUUUGCUUCAGGAAAGCCUGCCAAGAAAUGGACCUAUUGGGGCAGGAGUUACUAAGUGUUCAUCAUGUUUUGAUUCAAUUCAUGAAAAUUUACUUUUGUCUUGUAAAGACUCUCUCAAGUGCAUUGUGCUUUGAUCUGAUAUUUUGACCAAUUUGAGUUAUUUUGACUGUGAUUACGCUAAGAAUUAUAAAGAGUUGUCUUCUUC